GGUGGCACAGCUGCCCUCAUUUCACUGCCUCUUGGAGUCCAAGAGCAUGGCUGUGGCCCUGGGGCAGGCCAGUCAUGUAGCUGCCCCACCUGCCCCUCCUGCGGUGUUGCAGGGAAGAGUCAAGUCAGACAGGAAGGCCUGGGGCUGAUAGCACCAGCAGGAAGGAAUGCCACCCCAGUGAGCAAGUGGGUCCCAGGGGCAACGUCACGAUAGUCCCGCCCUCCUUGCUGUCACGGGUGCAGCCUGUGUCCUCUCCUUCCCCUGACCAGCCCAGGAUCCACACAGUCUACACAGAGCUCCCCUUGCUGCCCAGACAAGCUGAAGGACCACAGGAAAGCCAUGGAGACUUCGGGAUCCUCCUCCCAGCCUCAAGACAACAGUCGGGUCCACAGAGAAACAGAAGAUCUAGACUGUGGAGAGACAGAUUUCCACAAGCAAGACAGGAAGGCUGGACUCUUUUCCCAAGAACAGUAUGAGAGAGACAAGUCUUCUUCCUCUUCUUCCUCUUCCUCCUCAUCUUCCUCUUCUUCCUCCUCCUCCUCUUCAGGUCCUGGCCGUGGGGAGCCUGACAUUUUGACGAAUGAGCUUCAACUCUAUGGAGAUGCUCCGGGAGAGGUGGUACCCGCUGGGGAAUCAGGACUCCGAAGGAGAAGCUCUGACCCACCAAAUGGAGAAGUGGAGGCCUCUCAGUUAAGAAGACUGAAUAUAAAGAAAGAUGAUGAGUUUUUCCAUUUCGUCCUCCUGUGCUUUGCCAUUGGGGCCUUGCUGGUGUGUUAUCACUUCUAUGCAGACUGGUUCAUGUCCCUUGGGGUUGGCCUGCUCACCUUCGCCUCCCUGGAAACCAUUGGCAUCUACUUCGGACUAGUGUACCGUAUCCACAGCGUCCUGCAAGGCUUCAUCCCCCUCUUCCAGAAGUUCAGGCUGACAGGAUUCAGGAAGACUGACUGAGGCCACUGCCAGGUGGGCAGCAGAGGCAGGCCCCAGUGUGACCACCAAUGUGAUCCCUGAGCCCACAAGCACAGAGCAGCAUUCUGAGAGAUGUGCAGGAGGCCAAGCCAGACCAAUAAAGAGAACACCUUUCCUUCCA